AACUUCUAGCUUGGCUACCUGGUUCUGAAGAGGGGAGUUAUGGAAAAAGUUCCACAUACUGCUGUUACUACAGGAACAAAGAGGCGCAGAGCAAAGCCUCGCGAGAUGGCUGAUGAGUCCAUCGAAGAUGACAGACUGGAGACUGAAUUUGCCAAUGAUAAGAAAGAAAGCAAUGGUGCCACUGAAAAUGGUGAUAGGCCUAUUGCCCACAAGAGACGAAAGAGGGCAGCUGCCUGUUCUAAUUUCAAGGAGAAGGCAUUUGACUUGUCUGAAGAUGAUUCCCUCGUGGCAAUCAAGGAAAGUCGGGUUGAAGAGGAAAUAGGGGCUGUUAGAUUGACAAAGACAGGACCUGAAGAUAAGAAAUCUUGCCGAAAACUCAUUGAUUUCAUCUUGCAUGAUGAAAAUGGUAACGCACAACCUUUUGAAAUGUCUCAUAGUGAUGGCAUAUCCAUAACAGCUCUUGUCAUGCCCUUGGAUGAUAAUAUGGAAAAGGACCGUGAAAAGGGAAUACGAUGUUUAAGAUUUGGGCCAAUCAAGAACUGGGCAAUUUCUGGCUAUAAACAAGGCACUGCGGCAAUUUGGCUCUCAACAGAGCUAGCUGAUUACAAAUGUGUGAAGCCAGCAAGCGGUUACAGGUCUUAUUUCGACCACUUCAGUAGGAAGGCUGAUGUCUGUGUUGAAGUGUACAAAAAGUUAGCUAGGUCAGUUGGUGGAAAUCUGCAGCUGGGCCUGGAAGAAUUGCUUGCUAGUGUUGUCCGCUCCAUUAAUUCCAAUAGAAGUUUUAAUGGGACAGUGAACAAGGACUUUGUGAUCUCCAUUGGUGAGUUCAUAUACAACCAGCUUAGUGGGUUAGAUAAUACAUCAGACAAGGAUGACGAGACACUGUCCGAGCUGCCAGUUCUUGUUGCACUGAGAAAUGAAUGUACAUCUCGAAUAGAAUUCAACAAGUUGCCAGGUAUGACAUCAAGUGAAACUCUGAAGAUCAAGGAUGGGCAGUGUAAGGAGGAGGUGACCAGGAAUGAGGAUGAAGACGAAAAAUUAGCAAGGCUAUUGCAUGAAGAGGAAGAGUGGAAGCUGAUGAAGCAGAGAAGCAAGCGUCAAGCUUCAAAGAAAAAUGUCUACAUCAAAAUUAGUGAAACUGAGAUUGCCAAUGACUACCCACUGCCAGCAUACUAUAAACCAUAUAGUCUAGAAAUGGAUGAGUAUAUGUUUGAUAGUGAUAUGGGCAUGUUUUCGGAUGAUGUGCCAGUAAGAAUACUCAACAAUUGGGCUCUAUAUAAUUCAGAUUCCAGACUCAUUUCUCUGGAGCUCAUCCCUAUGAAAUCAGGUGCAGAAAAUGAUAUAGUGAUCUUUGGAUCUGGUUUUAUGAGAGAAGAUGAUGGUAGUUUCUUCUCAACAGCCGAACCAACACAAUUAUCUUCUUCCUCGAGUAAAUCUGACCAGGAAGAUCAAGGAGUUCCAAUUUAUCUGAGUCCAAUCAAGGAAUGGGUUAUAGAAUUUGGUGGUUCAAUGAUCUGCAUAUCCAUUCGAACUGACAUAGCUUGGUACAAAUUGCACCAGCCAUUAAAGCAAUAUGCGCCAUGGUGUGACACUGUGCUGAAAACAGCAAGAUUGGCUGUUAGCGUUAUCACCCUUUUAAAGGGACAAAGCCGUGCUUCAAAGCUUGGUUUUGCCGAUGUUAUUAAGAAAGUAGCAGAAUUUGAGAGUGGACACCCGGCAUUUAUUUCAUCGAAUGCAACACUUGUUGAAAGAUAUGUUGUGGUGCAUGGACAGAUAAUACUUCAGCAGUUUGCAAAUUAUCCAGAUCCAUCUAUUCGACGGAGUGCCUUUGUCACAGGCCUUACUGCAAAGAUGGAAGACAGACGGCACAUAAAGUUGGUGAUGAAGAAAAAAUCUCAACCAACCAGGGGGGAGAAUCUGAACCCAAGUGCAAAUAUUGGCCCAAUAAUAAGAAGGAAGCUUAUGCGUGCAACAACUACAAGGUUAAUUAGCAAGAUAUGGGGUGAUUACUAUGCCACCCAUUUCCCAGAGGAUUCGAAGGAGGGAGCCGAGGAUGAACCGAAGGAAAUUGAGGAGGAACAAGAAGAAAAUGAAGAAGAUGCUGAAGAGGAGGUUAAAGUUGAAGAGGAACAUGUACUGAGUACCCCACCAUCAGCACGGUCUAGAAAGUCAUCAUCAAAUAAUUGUAAAGAAAUUGAAUGGGAAGGUCAAACAGUUGGAAAAACACGGUCUGGAGAUGAUCUAUACAAAUGUGCCAGAGUUCGAGAACUCAAUAUUUCUGUUGGUGGGGCGGUCAAAUUAGAAGAUGAUUCAGAAGAUGCCCUCAUGUGUUUUGUUGAGUACAUGUAUGAGAAACAGGAUGGUACGCACAUGAUUCAUGGAAGAAUUCUGCAAAAAGGUUCACAGACUGUCCUUGGCAAUGCUGCAAAUGAACAAGAGGUUUUUGUUACUAAUGAUUGUUUAGAAUUUGAAAUAGGUGACAUCAAAGAGUUGGUGAGUGUCAAUGUGCAGUUGAUUCCUCGGGGCCACAAGUACAGAAAAGAGAAUCUACAAGCUAAUAGGAUUGAGAGGGCCAAGGCAGAGGAGAGGAAGAAGAAAGGUUUGCCGAUGGAAUAUAUUUGCAAAAGCUUAUAUUGUCCUGAGAAAGGUGCCUUUUUCUCCCUACCUUAUGAUAAACUGGGUACUGGAACUGGCAUCUGCAGUUCUUGUCAGCAGAGAGAAGCAGUUGGUGAUGAAUUCAAAAUACUAUCGGAGACCACAUUUGUCUUCAAGAAUUCUACAUACGCUGUUCAUGACUUUCUGUAUGUAAGGCCUGAGUUUUUCUCCCGAGUUGACGGUCAUGAGACCUACAAAGCUGGAAGAAAUGUAGGUCUAAAGCCUUAUGUGGUAUGCCAUUUGCAUAGUAUCAAUGCUCCUGCUGGAUCUAAGAAAGUUAAUCCAGAAUCAACAAAAGUUAGUGUAAGAAGGCUUUACAGGCCUGAUGAUAUUUCAUCAGCUAGAGCUUACUCUUCAGACAUCAGAGAGGUAUACUACAGUGAAGAUAUGCUGAGUGUGCCUGUGGCGAUGAUAGAAGGAAAAUGUGAGGUUACAACAAAGAACAACCUUCCAGAUUCAAAUCUUCCAGUAGUGGUUGAUCAUGUCUUCUACUGUGAAUAUUUAUAUGAUCCUGAUACUGGAGCUCUCAAGCAGCUACAGUCCAAUGUUAAACUCAUGACAAUAGCAAGGAAGGCACCUACUUCAAAAAAGAAUAAAGGAAAGCAGAUUUGUGACAGUGAUCAAGCUGGUUCAGAUAAACAGAAGGCUGCAGCAUCAGAGAACAGUCUUGCAACCCUUGACAUUUUUGCCGGCUGUGGAGGCUUGUCUGAAGGGUUGCAGCUAUCUGGUGCAUCACAUACAAAAUGGGCAAUUGAAUAUGAAGAACCUGCUGGGCAAGCAUUUGGUGAAAAUCAUCCAGAAGCUGCAGUCUUUGUGGAGAACUGCAAUGUGAUUCUGAAGGCAAUAAUGGAUAAGUGUGAUGAUACUGAUGAUUGCAUCUCGACUUCGGAGGCUUCUGAGCAAGCAGCUAAACUUUCAGAUGAGAAAAUUAAGAAUCUCCCUGUGCCGGGUGAAGUAGAAUUCAUCAAUGGUGGCCCUCCAUGCCAGGGGUUUUCUGGGAUGAACAGAUUCAAUCAAAGUCCAUGGAGUAAAGUUCAGUGCGAGAUGAUUUUAGCAUUUCUGUCCUUCGCAGAGUAUUUUCGUCCUAGAUUCUUCCUUUUGGAAAAUGUUAGGAACUUUGUUUCAUUCAACAAAGGCCAGACCUUCAGACUAACACUGGCAUCACUGCUGGAGAUGGGAUAUCAGGUUCGAUUUGGAAUUUUAGAGGCAGGGGCUUACGGUGUUGCGCAGUCAAGGAAAAGGGCAUUCAUCUGGGCUGCUGCACCUGGAGAGACUCUUCCUGAUUGGCCUGAACCGAUGCAUGUCUUUGCUAGCCCUGAGCUGAAAAUCACUCUACCAGACGGCAAAUACUAUGCAGCUGCCAAGAGCACAGCUGGAGGUGCUCCUUUCCGCUCAAUAACAGUUAGGGAUACAAUUGGAGAUCUACCACCGGUAGAGAAUGGUGCCAGCAAACCAACAAUACAGUACGGAAGCGAACCCAUCUCUUGGUUCCAGAAGAAGAUCAGGGGCGAUGUGCUUUCCCUUAAUGACCAAAUAUCUAAAGAGAUGAAUGAACUGAAUCUCAUAAGGUGCAAGCACAUCCCAAAGCGCCCAGGCUGUGACUGGCAUGACCUCCCAGAUGAGAAGGUGAAGCUGUCCUCAGGGCAAAUGGUGGAGUUGAUACCUUGGUGCUUGCCCAACACAGCCAAGAGGCACAAUCAGUGGAAAGGUCUGUACGGGAGAUUGGAUUGGGAGGGCAAUUUCCCCACAUCAGUGACAGAUCCCCAGCCAAUGGGCAAGGUCGGCAUGUGCUUCCACCCUGAUCAGGACAGGAUCAUCACUGUUCGAGAAUGUGCCCGGUCCCAGGGCUUCCUUGAUGGAUACCGUUUCGCUGGCAACAUCCAGAGCAAACACAGGCAGAUUGGGAAUGCUGUACCUCCUCCCCUUGCCUACGCGCUAGGGAGGAAACUCAAGCAAGCCAUCAAUGCCAGGAAUUGAGUGGCUUUAACUGCAUGAUACUCCAAGAUUCCAAGUGGCCCAAGCAGGCUCCAAGACCGAGUGGCGGUUAAUUUAGAUUUGAGCCUUGUAUAUUCUGAGAGAAGUUGACUCAAAUUAUUAUAGGCUGGUCACAUGAAUUGCCUUUUGUGCAUCUGAUGGAAGGAGGAUUAGCACCACCAGUAUGUUGGUGGAUACAAAAUUUUAGAGCAUUCUCUUAGCAUUGGGGUAUAAUCUUUUGUAAACAGCAACAAUAAUGUGAUAGCAAAAGAGUUAAAUGAUUAUAAGAAUGAAUGCAGUUUUUUCCUGUUCUUACAACUUUACAAGUGAGGAUUAGCACCAUCAAGUCAAUGACCGUCUUCCAAAAUUGUGAAGAGAAAAUGUUAGUAACAAUCUACCUUUUGUUAUCAUCACAUGAACUCUGCUCUGGAGAUUGCUUGCCACUUGAUCUCUUUCAUGGUUGUUACACUUUCACAAGAAUCUCCUUUGUCCACCUGUUUGUGUCUUCAUACAUAGUAAGAUGCAUUGAAUUUUACUGGUAUUUCAAAAUUACUUUGGAGAGUUCAUUUGGACUUGCCUGCACCUUGGAGAGCUUACAAAAAAUUCCCUUGCAAAAUCACCUUCAAAUCAUCACAACCAGCUUACAAAAUUCACUUUAAACAACCAAGCAUGCUACAAACAAAUCGAAAUUCUCCACAAAAGGGAAAA